AUGGAGAACUCCGACCAGAUCAGUAGCACCGCUGAACACCCCGAAAUCGCGAUGCCUCCAUUCCAGCUUGCUCUAAUGGACCUUCCGACCGAACUGCAUAUUCAAGUCGCAGGUCAUCUCAGUUACCCUGAUGCCUUGGCUUUAAAACACAGCUGUCGUCAUUUCUAUUCGAUCGUCUACACAGGGGUUCACCUCAAGGUGGACUGGCUGGUGGAGCGUUUCGAGCGCAAGCUUGAGUGUCCCAUGGAGAAAUGCUCUUUUCGCACCGAUGAGGCCUUUUGCAACUGGCGCAUUCGGCGGAUUAUGGAGCGUCGGCGUUUACAUCUUGAGUGCCGUCGCUCCGCGGGUGGGUGCUCGGUCGUCAAUGGCCAAACCUGCGAGACUGAUAUGAUGGCCGCUUGGUUAAAGCUUCAGAGGCGUGGAAGGCUAAUGCAGAAUUUGAUCGGAUGGGGACGUGAAGGUGAGUAG